ACAAAUUUUAGAAUUUUUAAAUCAAAUAUUUUAUUUUAUUUGCAGUUCAUAUGCCAGUAUCUCAAAGUUAUUUUGCUAUUCUAUAUUAUCUAGCAUCUACAAAUUUGUUAGCAUGAGACUGAAUCGACGAUUACACCAUUUGUAGACUGCUGAGACUGAAUGAUGAAUUGAAGAGAAACUUACUUUUUCAAAAUGAGCUCACCGUUGUCAAGUUUGAAAAAGUCUAGUAGGAAGGCGUUUACACCUCCUCAAGGUCCCCAACCCAGAGCUGCGCCAUUUCGAAGCCCAGACUACAGUGUUGAAGAAGCCAAACUUUUAGAUGAAAUCACUGGAAAUAUGACCCAGUCUAGGGGGACUCUAAGGGAUCCUUUUGCUGGUGGAAGGCAUAAACCAGGAGAGUUACCCAAGAUUCCAAACACUCACACAUCAGCAGCUCCAUCUGAUGGAGAGCUCAUGACAGUAAUGAUGGGGAGGCUUGGACAACUAGAACAACGGAUACAGUUUCAGGCCAAAGAGAUAAUAGAGAGAGAUCAGAAGAUCAAAGUGUUGCAAGAUAAAGUCAAACUACUAAAUAAAUCAAAAGAAAAUGCAGAAAGACAUUCCAAUGGUGUUGAAUUGGAGAAGAAAAUACUUUUAUUGGAGCAGCAGAUCUAUGAAAUGGAGCAAUUUCUUGCUGACUAUGGUUUAGUUUGGGUGGGGGCAAAAGAUGACCCCAAUAAAGAUGUUUAUAAUGAUGAUGAUGAUGCUGAGAGCCACCUUUUGGAAGAACUACCUGGGGAGAAUGAUGAGGAACCCAUGUGGAGACCAGAAACAUCACAGUCCAGAAUUGGAGACCUAUUGGUGGAUGGUUUAAAAGCAAAUGCCAAGAAAAAAUCAGGUAGUUCCCAGUCACAAAGAUCACCCAGGUUCAAAGUGGACUACAACCUCAUUUUGGAAAACAUCAAAGAUCUCAAUACAAUAGCUGGAGAGGGUGAAGCUAAGAUACAACAUACUAUGGAUGGUGCAAGGUUAAAGAUGCCUGAUCCUAUUUCACUGACACUCUAUGCAAAUGGAAUAAUGUUAUUUGCUGGUCCAUUCCGUCCAUUCACCAACAAGGAAACUCAACAGUGCUUACGUGAUCUCAUGGAAGGAUACUUCCCCUCUGAGCUGCAACAGAAAUACCCAGAUGGUGUCCCUAUAGCUGUGAAAGACUUAAGAGAUGUGAAGUUUAAAGACAGGGAACACAGAGAGAAGAUAUUUGCAGGUCAAGGUCAAAUGUUAGGUGGUGAUUCUAAGCCCUCACGCUUGGUACCAUCAAAUCUGGAGAAGGGAACUGUCACUGAUGAAGACUUACUGUCUGGGAGAUAUGAAGAAGUAACAUCUACUUUACCAGGGCCACAGUUAUCCAUGGACCAAUUUUUGAAUAAACUUCCGUCCAAUGUUAUAAAAGAUGGAAAAAUAAUUGAUAUUCGGAACUCGAUUGGUGAAACAUUUCAAGGUGGAAAGUCAACCCCCAACAACAUAACAGUGGUUGAUACUGAUGUUGUGAAAGAAAUGAAACAGAGGCUAGACAUAGAGAAACGUAAACGGCCCCCUACCCCCAGAGGUUUGACAACCCUGAGAAUAAAGUCUGAGACAGGGGAUAGGACGUAUGUCCUAAAGAUGAGGGGGACAGAUACUAUAGGGAUGGUUCGAGAAUAUCUUAGUAAACAGAGGCCCUUGGAGGCUCCGUCGUUCGACAUUUUGUCACCAUAUCCACGGAAAGUUUUCUCUGACAAUUCAGCUACUUUGUUAGAUUGUGGUCUUACACCUAAUGCAGCAUUACAUUUGAAGCCAAUCAACAGAUAGGUCUUAAUGCAGAUUUCUAGAAAUUGUAAAGCCUCAUAAUCAAGUGAUGCAAUACUCAUGAUAAGCAAACAUUCUUUUCUGGAAAUGCACCUGAGCAGAAUGUGAUGUUUGUCUUGAAAUGCCUCUCAUUACAGUUACUCAUCUUCUAAUUCGAUUUGAAAUACCAUGCCGGCUGUCACAAGUAAAUGCUUUCUAUAAUUUGGAUAUUCAGAAGAAAGGCUUUUUCCAAUUACCUUCUAGAGCGAAAGUCUGUAUCCAUCAAAUUAUUUUUGUUUGAUUUAAACAAAUAAUGGGGACUAAUGUAAGAAACCUACAGAAAAUCAUCAAAAAUAUUGAAUCAGUAUUUAAAUGUAUAAUUACACAUAUUAGUAUCAAAUAUGAAAUAAUUAUGAAAGCAAUUUUAUGCUUAUAAUUUUUAUUUAUCUAAUUAUAAGAGUAUUGAAAUUGUUUUAUUUUAUGAUGUAACCAUUAGCUAUGUUUCCGUCCAAUGUAUGUGAUAACGUGCAUUUGUUUGUGAUAUGAGGGAUAUUUGAGAUUUUAUUUAUUUUAUUUCCUAUAGAAUAUUAUACAGUUUAUUUGAUAGAUAAAAUGUAAAA